AUAUCGGUCUCGUCAACAAUAUAAUUAUACACCCUCAUCAACUUUGUCCAAUAAUUAUAUUACAUAUAUUCCCCACAACAAAUCGUUUAAAACCAAUGUCACUUAACCACUUAGUGCCUUAUCCUACAACUCAACAUCAAACUUCACCUCUUCUUCUCAUUUUCAAGUCUUUGGAGUCGAGAUGCAUGAUUGGGCGGCCCCUAUCAUAGCUGCAGCGUUGUUCGCGUUUCUCGCACCAGGACUCAUCUUUCAAAUGCCUGGAAAAGAGACAGCGAUCGGUUUCAUGAACAUGAAAACUAGUGUGAUCUCCAUGUUUAUACAUACGGUUCUUUAUGGGUUGUUUCUUAUUUUGUUUCUUGUUGUUCUUGACAUACAUAUCUAUGCCUAGGCAUUAGUUAGUAUCUAGUCAAGGAAAAUAUCAUAACUAUGUUAUGCCGGGUGGUUCUAUAAUUUCUUCAUUUUAGUUAUCAAGUCCUUGAUUGUUUUGUAUUAUCAUUCGAUAUGUUAUUUGCAAGUUUUUAAUGAGAUCAAAGUGAGGUUCUUGUGAUA